AUGGAGAAGGCUUCCCAUACGUUGCAAAAAGGUGCUGUCGUCCAGCACACCGCCAGAGCCCAUAACUUGAAAGGUCAACCGCCUGAAGGGAGCAUGGAAUCUUUGGCAACAACCAUUCGUUUCGUCACGCUGAACUGCCGAACACUAUCGAGUGAACUCCAACAAGCCGCUCUAACCAGACUUCUGCGAUAUCUCUGUGUGCCUUUUCCUGCACUGCAGGAAACACGCAUGAGACAUCGGUCCGUCAUCAGCAUCGAAUAUCACACCAUAUACUGUUGCGAUGUUGAUGAGAACAAAGUAGGUGGCUGCGCGAUAGCUGUGAGGAACGAUUACAAGAACCUGGUGGAGGAAUUUGGCUCAACGUCGUCUUGA